AGGAGAGGGAGCAUGUUGAGUAAUCUGCUGAGCAGUAGGGACACGGUGAAUUAGGUCAUUUUUCCCCCACCUGCUGCCUUCCACCUGAAAAGAAAAUCUGACAUUUACUUAUUUCCAGCCCCGGAUUACCUCCAAUUCAUAUUUACAAGCUAAGCUAAACAAUAUUGGAACCAAUUUUAGAAAAAAUUGGGAAAAAUUUUGCAACUGUAAAGAAAUCUGGGGUUCUUUUUGCGCAUAAUUUGCACACCAUAAAUUGAAUUUUCAGAAAAUCAUGAUUACAACUUUAUAUUAGAUAAACUGAAUUGAAGAGUGCAAUUGUAAAUAAUUAAUCAGGAUUGUUGAAACUAUAGUUCUGCAAAAUUUGCAUACACCGUUUAUUUAGGAAACCCUUAUAAAUUACAUACAUUUUUUCCCAAAUAAUAAAGUUCCUACACGCAAUUAAUCAAUUAGGUAGGUACUCCAUGCAGACAAAAAAUUGACACAGUGCUCAGCUAGCUCACACAUGAAUCAAACCAGCCAAACUACUCAAUUACGCAGCAACUAAAUAACUACGGUGCAUAUUUACAUAUUAUUAUUGAAAUAAAUACGUAAAUAUUUACUAAAUAAAGCAACAACAAAAUUUAUCAAAUACCAAUAAUCAAAACCUCGCAAAAAAAAGUGUAAAAUAGUGCGAAAUUCCAUAAGUGCACUUAUCGUAGGAGAUAUAAAUCUCAUACCAGUAGUGCUCGUUCUCGUUCCCGUCCUCGUAACCAUUCGUGCAUGUUCUCUGAACCAUUUUUUAUGUGUUUUAAUGGACUAGCGAAUUUUGCAUCAUCAGAGAGUGAACAGUAUCGUCGUCAUCAGAGUCGCAUGCAUUCGUGCCAUUCUUAUUCGCACUAGUUAAAUGUUAAUGCGCGUCUCGUCGUAAUGUGAUCUCUCUCUCUCUCCAUAAAAAUAAAUAUCUCGCCUGUCUGUCUGCCUGGUCCUCUCCUCUACAUUUAAUCAGAGCUAAAGUUAAACUGUGGAUAUAACGCGAUAGGAAAUUUAAACCAUUUAAAUUUAACUGUACUUUGUUAGUACCAGGAAAUCAGCAUGUCUCAGCAGGAGCUGCACAUCAUGAUACGCCUCUUCUCACCUACUUUGCAAAAUUACUACGCUGUCACAAAAUUAUGCUUUUGUUUAUUAAGAAGUAUAACAAACUUUACAUAAAUUGGUGCCAAAAUGUUUGCUCAAAGAUUCGCGUAUGAAAAUAAAUUAUUUGCAAAAGUGCUAAAAGUUUGAACAUGGAUAUUUGUGAUCUCCAAUCAGAGAUGGGAAGAUAAGGGGGUAUUUUUCUUAUCGCAUCAUCUUCGACAAAGUCUGCUGGGGAAUCUGAAAUAAUCUGAAUAGAAGGAGGGAUGCCGACUGAGCCGCCCCCACUGCGUCGUUCUCUUCGUGAGAGACGCUGUUCCGUGAAGCACAGCGAGUACUACGGGAGCGCCACGGAGACCGGAAGUCACUCAAAGUCUUCUCCCAGUAGUAGAAGGAGAGCUUCCUCCACCACCACGACCGGAAGUGCAGGCCCACCACGACUCACCCCACUCUAUGAUUCGCCACCUCUUCUGGAUAUCAAACCGAUCGUAUGUCUGUUACCACCGACGCUUUCAGACAGCCGAGGUCCAACUUCCGGUUCCUCUUCAGCGUCCUCCCAACAACCGCUGGAAAUCUGCACAUCGCCCAAGAUGCCACUGUUACUUCCUCCCCCACCACCACGCCCACCACCCCGCGACCGGAAGUGCGAAAUUGUCCACGCCACGUACAAAAAGAUCCGAAGAGCUCUCCGAGAAGAGAAAUCCGUUCAAGUGAAGAUACGGUGGGCUCAAAAUAGGGAACAAUUAGAUCGUGAUCUCCAAUCGCACAAAAGUUUUUCGCACCUCCACAACGCGGCGAGAUUGAUCCGACGAUCUUCCUCCACGUCCGGUGGUCCAGAAGCUACUAAACCCAAGGUGAAAAACCACAUUAAACACUUCCCCACGCCAUCCACGACCGGAAGUGGUCCUCACGAGAUGGUGGGUCCCGUCGUCUCGGUCACACUGUUCACCUCGCCGAAAGGGCAAAUCCCCCCGUUUAAACCGCCUCCAGCAGAAACGACGCCAGGAAAGCAGCGAGGUCGUGGGCGCCCGAGAAGGAAAGUGGUUUCGACACCCGCGACGGCGUCUUCCACUCCACCGGAAAUCGUUCUCUCGUUGACGCAGAAGGUGCACGCGGCGACGUUGCCGUGGGUGCAGCGGAUUCCACCCGUCGUGUCGUGGACGGCGAUCCCGUUCAACGUGGCGGAAGAGGAUGGCAAGUUCCUUACCAAUAUCCCAUUUCUGGGCGAUGAGAUUAUCGACAAGGACAGCAAGUUCAUCGAUGACAUGCUUAACUUGUAUCAGGGGAAUUUGCACGAUUUAACGAAUCGAUCCACGACGACGGCGAGUCUUGUGUCUCCGCCACUCCCCACGACCGUUUCGACGUCUUCUGCACCUCCAUCCACGCCCUCUCGCCUCGACGACCACAUCCUCCUCCUUCUGGUCCAAGAGUUGGAACAAAUCCCAAAAUUUGCUACAAACUUGUCGCAACCGAGUCCCCUCAUUUUCACCGCCAUCGCUGCUACGCUGCCCGGAAACGGAACGGGACCAGACCUCGCUGCCCGGUACAAAGCAAUCCUGGCGAAAAAUAUUGUGGCAGCGAGAAAUAUGGGGUCACCGCCACCAGCACCGCGCGAACAGGACCCUGCGACCUACGCGAUUCCGAACAUUGAUGGUCCACACGCAAAGGACUUGCCGCGAGAGGGGUCCAUGCACGCUUUUCAGUACUUGUUCUGCCGGCGGUGCUACCAGUACGACUGUCCCAGAGGGCACAAUGGUGACGACCACAUUGACCUCAACACUCGUCGACCUCAAUCCUCGACCACUCCUUCUCAAUUCUUCUGCCAAAACCCGACCUGUUUCCGGAUAAAGUCCGAAUUUCCUCCUCCCCCCGAGGUGGCGGAGGAGGUGGUUUGGACGGCUGGGGAGAAAUCCCUCUUCCGCGCCAUCCUCCCCUCCUUCCCCGACCCCUGCUACAUUGCUCACCUCCUCCUCACCAAAACCUGCGCCCAGGUCGCCACCUUCGUCUCCAUCCACACCCCCCAAACGACGACACCCCUCCCACCGCCCCCACCUCUCCAACCACCACCGCUGCCUCCUCCUCCUCCUCCCCCUCCGACAUCCGCCACGAUGAAGAAACGCUCCAAAAAGUCGGGUUCCUCCAUCUCCAAGAAAAACCUGUCGCGUCGUUGGAUCAACUCGGUUCGGAUGCGGACGACGAACUCGGCGACGGGGAGUGUCCCCCUGCCCGCGAGAUUUAUGCCCUGCGCCCAUCGCCACGAUGACGCCGACACGAACGGGACGUCCUGCUGCACCGAGAAGAACCCGGCCUGUUACUGCGCCAAGAAUGGGACGAGCUGUGAAAAGUUUUGCAGCUGUCCGCCAACCUGCAAGAUUCGAUUUCCUGGGUGUCGCUGUACCUCGACGUGUGACUCGCGAAGGUGCGUCUGCUUCGUGGCGGCGCGGGAGUGCGACCCCGACCUCUGCUCAGGCUGUGGGGCGAAUGAGCUCGACCCCAACAAGGUUUCCUGUCGAAAUGUCAACAUUCAAAAAAGACUUCAUAAGCACCUUUUAAUGGGGCCGAGCGAUAUUGCUGGUUGGGGGAUUUUCAUCAAGGAGGACGCCCAACGGGGAGAGUUCAUCGCCGAGUAUCGUGGGGAAAUCAUCUCCCACGACGAGUCGGAGCGGAGAGGUCACUUUUACGACAAAAUUCGCCAUACUUUCCUCUUCGAACUUAACGACCACUUUGUCGUGGACGCGAUGCGUAAAGGGAACAAGGCGAGAUUCAUCAAUUCCUCAAAGACUCCAAAUUGCGAGGUCAAACGGAUGCUGUGCAAUGGCGACCACCGCAUCGGAAUUUACGCGAAACGCUUCAUCGACGCGGGCGAAGAAUUGUUUUAUGAUUAUGAAGACGUGCUGGAGAAGCAGCAGCGAGUGGCUGCCACGGCGUCACUGCGGAGCGGUCCCGUCGCAGCGUCGUCAUCAACGACGCCCUCCUCGUGUCCCCUUCCUCCUCCGCCGCCGCUGGGGGGAACUUCCAGCAAAAAGUAUUAGGCAAACCUGCCCCAAUUUCGUCCCCACAGACUCAAAGUCAAUCAUGCCACGUGCUAAAUAAUUAAAUUAAGUAUGGUGUUAACUAAAAUUGUGAUUGAAAGAACAACCUCUGGUCAUGCGAAUUCCACGUGACCACUAAUUCUAUAGUCAAGUGAUGAUUUUCUAAUCCUCGUGAACCGUAAUCUUGCCAAGUUUCCUAAAAUCAUUGAUAUACAAAUGAUGUGUUAAAAACUAUUUCGUGAUAAGUUUCCACAUUUCAGAAUUUAUCAAAUUGUUAAUAUGGGCGUUAAGGUGCUGUUAAAAUACAUGUUUCCCCAUGAAUGAAUUACCAAGAUCAGUCUAGUCUAAUAAAUAAAUAAAUCAAUCAAUCAA